AUGGCUACAGUCUCAGAAAUCGAUUUUUCCCAGUGGAAAAUGAAUCAUACCAUGAUCAGAGUCAAGGACCCCAAGAAGAGCAUUGCGUUCUACGAGAAGCUGGGAUUAUGCUUGGUCGAUACACUUCCGCAGCCAGAAGGCAAAUUUGACCUGUAUUUUCUCGGGUUCGACGGUGAAGAAGCGCUUUCCGCCCAGGGGACGCUGCGUUCUGAUCGUCAAGGUCUCUUGGAGCUGACCCAUAACUACGGUACGGAGCACGACGAUUCGUAUACUGUCGCCAACGGCAAUGAGGAACCCUACCUUGGGCUCCAACAUCUUGGCAUCACAGUGGAAAGCCUUGAAGACGUAGACGUAGUUGAAGGACUCGCAGACCAUACGAUCGAAUAUACGGUACGUCGCCAUGCUGAGCAGAGCGGGCAAGUGGGAGAAGGCAGCUGUGGGCAAGCCAUUUGCAAAGAUCCAGAUGGCUACUUUGUUGAACUCAAUCAGCGCCCGGGUAAAACGACCGGAACCAAGAUCAAGAGGAAUUUGUUCAACUUUACGGGCUUGCGAGUCAAAGAUGGGCGCGUGUCCCUGCCGUGGUACUCGAAUGUGCUGGGCAUGAAACUUCUGCAUCAGACAGACACGGAGGGUAUCACCGCAUAUUGGCUAGGGUAUCCCCAAAUGCCCGAUAGCCUGAUUUCUGAGAGCGAGGGCCUUGUGCAGCUAAUCUGGGUGCAUGGGUCGGAGUCGAAGGAAGGCCGGGUAUAUCACAAUGGCAACAACCAGCCGCAGGGCUUUGGGCAUAUUGGUGAGUUUGGUGGUUAUUCAUCUGUUGUACUUGUCUUUGAUUCAAUGUUGGCCGUUGGCGCUAAUAUCGGCAUUGAUGUAGCUGUUGCGGUCGACGAUAUUAUGGCAGCGUGCCAACACUUUGAGAGUCAGCGAGUCAGUUGGAAAAAGCGCCUCACCGAUGGGAGAUUGAAGUCGAUUGCGUUCAUUCUCGACCCAGAUGAAUAUUGGAUUGAGAUUAUUCAAAAUGCCCGUAUCAAGGAACCUUUGGGUGUCCAAUAA